AUGGUUGAUGAAGCCAUGAAUCUCUUUGAAGAAAUGCAUUUCAAACAAAUAUAUCCUGAUAUGGUAAUUUACAAUUCCCUUAUUGAUGGUUUGUGCAAAUCGGGAAGAACCCCAUAUGCUUUGAAAUUUAUCGGUGAGAUGCAUUAUAGAGGUCAACCACCUGAUAUAUUUACUUACAAUUCUUUACUGGAUGCUUUAUGCAAAAACUAUCAUGUUGACAAGGCAAUUGAAUUGUUAACAAAACUUAAAGACCAAGGUAUUCAACCAAGUGUGUGCACAUACAAUAUUCUUAUCAAUGGGUUAUGCAAAAGUGGAAGACUAAAGGAUGCAGAAAAAGUUUUUGAAGAUCUUUUGGUCAAAGGCUACAAUACUGAUGUCUAUACAUAUAAUGCUAUGAUCAAGGGAUUUUGUAAGAAGGGGUUGUUUGACGAGACAUUAGCCAUGGUAUCAAAAAUGAAAGACAGUGGCUGCAGUCCAGAUGCUAAAAAUUGUGAAAUAAUUAUCCGUUCUUUGUUUGAUAAAGGUGAAAAUGAUAAGGCAGGGAAAUUUCGUGAAAUGAUUGUGAGAGGUCUGCUAUAA